CCCUCUUUAUCCCCUCACCCCACUAUAAAAACUCCCCCAAACUCUUUCCCUUUUCGUUGUGGGGUCAUCAAAAAUCAUCCGUAAAGCUCAAAGUACAACUCCCUCCCUUUUCCCCCAUUCAAAAAAAAAACCCUAAUAAUGGGUUCAGAAAUUGUGCUUCACCACAACUUCACCCCUCCUCCCACCAAAUCCACCGGCGCUGUUGACGUCGCUGGAAGUGGUGGCAUUAACUCAGUGUCAAAUGACAAUAAUGCCCUUGUGGUGGGUCCCAAAAAGAAGCAUUCUUUAUCUACUAGGAUUGCUGCUUCUUCAAACAAAGACAGGCACACGAAGGUCAAUGGCAGAGGGCGGCGCGUGAGGAUGCCAGCGUUAUGCGCGGCGCGUGUUUUCCAGCUAACGAAGGAACUAGGUCACCGGACCGACGGCGAGACCAUCGAGUGGCUGCUCCGCCACGCGGAGCCGGCAAUUAUCGCUGCCACCGGCACCGGCACGGUUCCGUCGGGGCAUGUCAUCACGACGGCGGAGAGCGUACCCUUGUCCCGGUCACCGCCGUCGAUUUUGGCUCCGGUAAGCCGUGAUCAGCCGGUUUCUGGUUUUCCGGUGAGCGGCGGAAUCUUCUCGAUGACCCCGCCGCCGAGUUGCCGGCUCGACUUGUACCAACCGGCUUUGGAAUUUUCCGGCAAUGAGUAUCGACACAUGCCGUUCACGGCAUUGCUUUUGCAGCCGGUGACUGCCGAUGACGGCGAGAAAAAAGUCGCCUGUGAGGAUGAGAACAAGUAGAUAUGGAGUCAUGGCAGCUUUUUUUGUGGGGAAGGGGGGUCAAUGUGUUAGUUUCUAGACUUAAGGUCCUUUUUAGCUAUAUCCAAAAGAUUGGAAAGGAUCAAAGGAGGGUCAAUUUUUUGGGCUUUUGGUAAAAUUGAUCAAAGGAGGGUCAAUAUUUUUGGGGAUUUUGGUAAAAAAAGGUUAAUUCAAGGGUAAAGGAUGUUAAUUUCUGAUAUAUAUUCCAAUAGUAACUUUUUGAUUUUUGUAAAUUAGUAGUCGCUAUGGCCAAGGAAGAUGUUACAUUAUGUAGCUGGUUUUGAAUACUUCCUAUGUUUCACAUUAGGUAAAACAGUUUCUAUAAUUUUUUAAAUAAUUAAAUUUUAGUGUAAUUACUAUCCUAAUAAUUAUACAACAGUAACUUGUAUCCA